GGACUUGUCUCCAGGUUAGCUUUCCACAAGGCUUCCACAUGCCUGCCAGCAUUCCAGCCUCACAUCCCCCAAAAGUCUAGGGGCAGGAAUGGACAUCGUUUCGUCUUGCGCAUCUCUGUCUCUCUCGCUUGCUCUAAUUUGAUGUGAAUCUUUUCUUUAAGAGCAAAGAAACUUUUCCCAGGACCCUCCCCUGCCCCAGCAGAUUUCCCCUCAUAUUAUCCAGAAUGCUGGAAGCCCGUGCCUAAGCGGGCAUGGGGAAGGAGCAUGGGACCAUGCUUAGACUAAUCCAGCUCAUUCCUCCAGGCUGGCUCUCCAAGCCUCCCUGAUGAAGUUUCUGCCUCCUCAGAAGAAAGGAGAUGGGGGUCAGGAAUAGAUAUAAGCUGUGAUAGUGUCUGUCACAGAAUCCCAAGUCUGGUUGUUAAGCUUGACAUGCUGCUGCUAUUCUGGGCUUGCCCCUCGGCUCCCAUCCUCACUCUAACAUAUUUCCUCAGCUGUGAGGUAAGUCCCCACAACUCUAAAUGACACAUUCUAAGGCUGUCCUUGGCAGAACAGUGAGAAACAUGAAAUGUGUGCCUUGGAGCCCAGUGCUCUUAUGUAAUUCCCCUGGGAUGUCAGUGCCGUCCUUGGUCAGCACAGGCAUGGUCACUGGAGGUGGGGAGAGGAGCAGAGCUCUGCCUCAGAAACGUGGGCCCUGAGCCCUCAGCCUGGCCCUGACCCAGCCCCAGAACUUUUUGUUUUGUUUUGUUUUGUUUUUUGAGGUGGGGUCUGGCUGUGUUGCCCAGUUUGGACUGAAACUCCCGGACCCAAGUGAUCCUCCCACCUCAGCCUCCUCAGUACAUUGAUGUGAGCGUGGCUGCACCCGGCCCAGAGUUGGGUUUUAAUCAUGUUUCCCCCUCCUCUGAGAUCUCAUCUUCCUGGUCUGUGCUUUUUCUUCUCUUAGAAUCCGAAUUUUUUAUUUUAUUUUAUUUUUUUUAACAAAUUCUAACUUGCUCCCUAGUGUUACCGCCCACCCCUACAACAACUUUAUCCUGUUUCCUUCCCUCAACCCCCACAGCUUUUCUGGCUCCCGUGGAGUGCACACUCGGCCAUUGUGGCCGGAGCCUGGCAGAGCCUGGCUCAUUUGUUGAAUGGAUGACUCUGAUUAUCGCAGGUAUUCAGUAAGCCACUCUUGUUAAAUUAUUGAAAAUAAACGAUGUUACUCCCUAGAGGUGUCUAGGUUCCUUUUUUCCCCCAUCACCUGUCCUCUUUCACCUCCCCUCUGGGCCCUGGCUUCCCUCAAAGAUCCUUUCUCCAGGUGCCCCAUCUCCUUUGAUGAAGACUCAUGAGGAACACAGUGUCCACCUCUCAGGCAGGCGCUCAGGAAGGAAGUCGCUGAGACAGAGCUCAGUGGCCCGAAUGGUUUCUGCUCCCUCACCUCCCACGUCCCACCUCAGGGCUUCCUUCGGUUCGGGCCUUGCCCCACGAGUAGGACCACCUUUGUCCUGGACAGACAGACCUGCUAGCCUCUGCUCUACAGUUCUGCCGGCCUUGGCCCUGGCUGUCCUCACACGAGUGCCCCCUCCCUUCUCUCCUCCCUUAGCCCCGCCUCCUUCCUCUAGCCCCACAGCCCUGGACACAGUACACACAGACCAGAGCCUUGGCUCAAAGGCAAACAAAAGGAAAUGCCCGGCUCCCCAUGGCUGUGGCCAGCACCUUCAUACCGGGACUCAACCCUCAGAACCCUCAUUAUAUCCCAGGGUACACUGGACACUGCCCACUACUUCGGUUCAGCAUGGGCCAGACCUAUGGGCAGGUGACUGGUCAGCUACUUCGAGGCCCUCCUGGCCUAGCCUGGCCCCCUGUCCACCGCACACUUCUGCCUCCCAUUCGGCCUCCAAGAUCUCCUGAGGUUCCCAGGGAGAGUCUACCUCUCAGGCGUGGGCAAGAAAGGCUCAGCUCCAGCAUGAUCCCUGGGUACACAGGUUUUGUACCCCGGGCACAGUUCAUCUUUGCCAAGAACUGUAGCCAGGUCUGGGCCGAGGCUCUGAGUGACUUUACUCACUUGCAUGAAAAGCAAGGGAGUGAAGAGCUGCCAAAGGAGGCCAAGGGAAGAAAGGACACAGAGAAGGACCAGGUGCCAGAGCCGGAGGGGCAGCUGGAGGAGCCGACACUGGAGGUGGUGGAACAAGCUUCUCCCUACUCCAUGGAUGACAGGGACCCUCGGAAGUUCUUCAUGUCAGGCUUCACCGGCUAUGUGCCCCGCGCCCGCUUCCUCUUCGGCUCCAGCUUUCCUGUGCUCACCAACCAGGCACUGCAGGAAUUUGGGCAGAAGCACUCACCAGGCAGUGCCCAGGACCCCAAACAUCUCCCCCCGCUUCCCAGAACAUACCCUCAGAACCUGGGUCUUUUACCUAACUAUGGGGGCUACGUGCCAGGGUAUAAGUUCCAGUUUGGCCACACAUUUGGCCAUCUCACCCAUGAUGCUCUGGGCCUCAGCACCUUCCAGAAGCAGCUCUUGGCUUAGGCCCCUGGACAUCAAGUUCCCUUCCCUUUUCUCCUAUCCCAGCCAUCCUUUUGGAAGGGAGAAAGGUGGGUGGGAGGG